CCCCAGAAAUUAAAGAGAAACAAGUUGUGGCAGAGAAUACGGUUGCAAGAAAAAUGUUCUUUGAGCUGAAACUCACAGUAGCUGCGUAUGGGUUUUAAUUCUUUGCGCAUGGGGUAGCAGUGGCACGGCACCGUUCAAGAGAUUUGCUUUUUGUAUUAAAUCUGUUUGAGAAACAAGAACACAGAAAUGGCUCCAACUCUUGCAGCAACAACAUAUCCCCUCAGUUCUGGAAUUUCCAGUUCCAUCAAGAAAAUCUUCAAGCCUUGCACCGACUCUAAUUCAAAAUCUUUUCAAUCCAGGUGUCAUGCCGUAGUGCCAUCUCAAGAGGCUGCAUUAAGUCGCCGGCAUGUUAUACGGCGUAGUAGUGCCUCAAUUGUUGCUAUUUUGACCUUCGACUGUAGGUUAACCCCAUUACCAGCGCAAGCUGAAGAUAAAUCUGAUGGAAAGGAUGAGAAGGAUGAAGGAGUUGUUGGGGCAAUUAAGUCACUGUUCGAUCCAAAUGAGAAAACAAAAUCCGGGAAAGUUUUGCCAAAAGCUUACUUGAAAUCAGCAAGAGAGUUGGUUAAGUCAUUGCGUGACUCAUUGAAGGAAGAUCCCAAAGAUAUAGCUAAAUUUAGGAGGAAUGCGGAUGCAGCAAAGGAGUCUAUUAGAGACUAUUUGAGCAAUUGGAGGGGCCAAAAGAGCUUGGCUAGUGAGGAAUCAUAUGCUGAGCUAGAGAAAGCAAUCAGAUCUUUGGCAAGCUUCUACUCAAGAGCAGGCCCAUCUGCUCCUCUUCCAGAAGAGGUUAAGUCUGAAAUAUUAAAUGAUUUAGAUACAGCUGAAGAAUUUUUGUAAUUGCCUGAACAUUUUUCCCUAUUGUAUAAUUCUACUUGUCCAGUACCUUUCAGCAGAAAAAUCACAGGAAAUUUUGAAAAUCUA